AUGUCUAUGCCAAAAGCGGUAACCCCGAGCUACACUCGAGCUUACCAUGCAGCACUGCAUAGGGAGUCCCUGCAGAGCUUACCUUGUCCUUGGCUCCCGCGAUGUGUCCCCUGCAGCGUCCCCGGCCAUCUCCUCCGGCAGAUGCCAGCAUCCGCCUCCUGUGUUCCGGUCCCUGUGACGUCGGGAUGUACGGGCGCCGCCGCCCGCGGCGGGAAAUUUGAACAUUUAAAAAAAAUGUCAUUUUUUUCAAAACGAUUUUACAUAUGCUUUGUCCUGUGCCCUGCCUGCAUUUUGAUUGUUCUUUCU